UCAUUGGCCGGCCCAAUCAGCGCCCAGGAAAACGGCGUGGAUAACGGCGUUCUCCUUGGCCAGGUACUCCGGAGGAAGGCGACGCGAUUGGGAAGCCAUGGCUUCAUCACCACCAGCACCACCUUUCUCCUGGCACCUGCCCGCAAGGGGCGGCCUCCUUUUCCUCCUCCUCCUCUUUUGUGUCCAGCUCGGGGAAAGCCAAAAGAAGAAGGAGAAUCUUUUAGCUGAGAAGGUGGAACAGCUUAUGGAGUGGAGUUCAAGGCGCUCAGUCAUCCGCAUGAAUGGAGACAAAUUUAGAAGAUUUGUGAAGGCUCCACCUCGCAACUAUUCAGUGAUUGUGAUGUUUACAGCUCUUCAGCCACAGAGGCAAUGCUCUGUUUGCAGGCAGGCUAAUGAAGAAUACCAAGUCCUGGCAAACUCAUGGCGCUACUCUUCAGCAUUUUCAAACAAACUUUUCUUCACUAUCGUUGAUUAUGAUGAAGGUGCUGACGUUUUUCAGCAGCUCAAUAUGAACUCUGCUCCCACGUUCAUGCAUUUCCCUCCAAAAGGUAAGCCCAAGAGAGCUGACACAUUUGACCUGCAGAGAAUUGGAUUCGCAGCAGAACAGUUAGCUAAGUGGAUAGCUGACAGAACUGAUGUUCAUAUUAGAGUGUUCAGGCCACCAAACUAUUCAGGCACUAUUGCAUUGGCCCUCCUAGUAUCACUGGUUGGUGGUUUGCUCUACCUACGGCGAAAUAACUUAGAAUUCAUCUACAACAAGACUGGCUGGGCAAUGGCAGCACUGUGUGUCGUUUUUGCAAUGACUUCAGGCCAAAUGUGGAAUCAUAUCCGUGGGCCCCCAUAUGCUCAUAAAAAUCCUCAGAAUGGGCAAGUGAGCUACAUACACGGAAGCAGCCAGGCGCAGUUUGUGGCGGAGUCUCAUAUCAUUCUGCUUCUGAAUGCUGCUAUCACCAUGGGAAUGGUUCUUUUGAAUGAAGCUGCUACCUCCAAAGGAGAUGUUGGCAAAAGGAGAAUAAUAUGCCUGGUGGGAUUGGGUCUCGUUGUUUUCUUCUUCAGCUUCCUGUUGUCCAUAUUCCGCUCUAAAUACCAUGGCUAUCCAUACAGCUUCUUAAUUAAAUGAAUUCAAGUGAGAUUAGCAGAAGGCUAAUGUUUACUAGGAAGAUAAGCAGCUCCUGAUAGUAUCUGCUUACCAACAUUACAUUUCUUCAAGAAACUUUGCACUUGGUUCAUCUGCUUCCUGUGAUAAAUUACAGCAUUUGUGUGGAGGACAAUAUUGUGUUUGUACCUUAUUAGCAAGUGAUUCAUCUAAUUUAUAAUGCAUAGUAAAUAUUGGAUAUCUUAGUGAAAGAUAUAGUAAAUAGAAAUGGGACUAUGAUAUGCUUGGUGACCCUGAAUACAAAUAAAGUUAACUUUAUUGGAGAAGUCAGAGGGGGGUUGUUCUGGUUGCUGUUUGUCUUCUUGUAAUUCUGUUGCAGCUGUGUAGAUUGUAGUUGGGGGAAAAGUCAAAAAACAUUUGAGAUUUUGAAACUAUACUCCUGUGGCAUAAAGUAAUGUAAAAUAUAUUAGUAUUAAACCAGCUCUACCUAAUAAAGAAGACAAAGUCCACACA